AGCCCCGCGCGCUGAUUGGCCGCGUGGGCGAGGCGGAGGAGAGCCGUGUGCAGCGGCGUGUGUGGGGCCGUGUGCAGACCCGCGUGUGGCGCAGGCGAGGACCCUGAAAAUAAACAGCCGCUGCCUCGCGAGCCGCCUUCUCGGCCUGCGUCCGAGUCUCCGCCACUGCGGGCCCCUCCGACGCCGAAGGAGUGAGAGUCUCUUUUAAGAAUUGCUGGCUUCUUUCCUCUGCCUAGCCUUCUGACAGUCAGUGGAGAGCAGAAGACUGGUGCCAAGGCAUCCUGGCCUGCUGUGUGGAGAACACUCUUUCUAUCUGGCUGCAGCCAUGAGCAGUAAUGAAUGCUUCAAGUGUGGACGAUCUGGCCACUGGGCCCGGGAAUGCCCCACUGGUGGGGGCCGUGGUCGUGGAAUGAGAAGCCGUGGCAGAGGUGGUUUUACCUCGGAUAGAGGUUUCCAGUUUGUUUCCUCGUCUCUUCCAGACAUCUGUUACCGCUGUGGUGAGUCUGGUCACCUUGCCAAGGAUUGUGAUCUUCAGGAGGAUGAAGCCUGCUAUAACUGCGGCCGGGGAGGUCACAUUGCCAAGGACUGCAAGGAGCCCAAGCGGGAGCGAGAGCAGUGCUGCUACAACUGCGGCAAACCCGGCCACCUGGCCCGCGACUGUGACCACGCAGACGAGCAGAAGUGCUAUUCUUGCGGAGAGUUCGGACACAUUCAGAAAGACUGCACCAAAGUGAAGUGCUAUAGGUGUGGCGAGACUGGUCAUGUAGCCAUCAACUGCAGCAAGACGAGUGAAGUCAACUGUUACCGCUGUGGCGAGUCAGGGCACCUUGCACGGGAGUGCACGAUCGAGGCCACGGCUUAAUUACUGUCCUCUGUCGCCCCUCCUUUUCUGAUUGAAUCCUCUUCACUGGCCAAAGGUUGGCAGAUAGAGGCUACUCCCAGGCCAGUGAGCUUUACUUGCCGUGUAAAAGGAGGAAAGGGGUGGAAAAAAACCGACUUCCUGCAUUUAACUACAAAAAAAAGUUUAUGUUUAGUUUGGUAGAGGUGUUAUGUAUAAUGCUUUGUUAAAGAACCCCCUUUCCGCGCCACUGGUGAAUAGGGAUUGAUGAAUGGGAAGAGUUGAGUCAGACCGCUAAGCCCAUUCUGGGUUUCUCGAAUAUGUUCCCAUGUAGGAGGUAAAAACCAAUCCUGGAAGUGUCCAUGAGCUUCCAUAAAUAACUUUAAUUUUAGCAUAAUGACUGCCUUGGAUUGUCUGACCUCAGUAGCUGUUAAAUAACAUCAAGUAACAUCUGUAUCAGGCCCUACAUAGGACAUACAGUUGACUGGGAGUAAACAAAAUAAAAACCAAACAUGCGUGUUAACGGCUGUGCGAGAAAACUUGGGAUAAAAGCCUGAACAGGAACGACUUCCCCGCAGCGUUGAUGCUGGGUAAACAGAUGGCGAUGGCAAAGGUGUAGAACACAUUUUUUCAAAGACUAAAUCUAAAACCCAGAGUAAACAUCUAUGCUCAGAGCUAGCAUAAUUUGGAGCUAUUCAGGAAUUGCAGAGAAAUGCAUUUUCACAGAAAUCAAGAUGUUAUUUUUGUAUACUAUAUCACUUAGACAACUGUGUUUCAUUUGCUGUAAUCAGUUUUUAAAAGUCAGAUGGAAAAAGCAACUGAAGUCCUAGAAAAUAGAAAUGUAAUUUUAAACUAUCCAAUAAAGCUGGAGGAGGAAGGGGAGUUUGACUACAGUUCUUUCUGUUUGUUUCAGAUUUUCAUUAAUGUAUAUAGUGCCAAAUGCCAUAUUAAACGGGGGAAUGUGGAGGACUGAAA